AUGACGACAAAAGAGGAAGCAAAGCGGUUUCAAGAAGCUGUUGCUAAAGUUCGGGAAGUAGUUCGGACUGCGCCUAAAGAAGAAGUUGCUUUGGCAUUGUUGAAUUACGAGAUGGAUAUUAAUCGAACAAUUCAGGCCUUUUAUGAGGAUGGUGCGAAGAGUGCACUUGACACUUGGGAGCGAACGGGGCAUAAGAAGAAAAAGAAGCAGGUGACGAAGAAAAAGGCCGAACUGCAUAGUGCCAGCAUGCAAACCAAACCGGACGCAGUUCGUGUAUCCUCAACUUCUGCGGCAUCUACUCCCGUAUCGUUUAUAUCUAAUACGACACCGCUUGCAUCGUCUGAGAUUGCUUCUACUAUUUCCCAACCUUUUUCACCAUCUCGUUCUUCUAAAAAGUUGCAGAGGGUUUCAAAUAAUAUUCCCUUCACCACCAACGGUAUAGUACCUAUAAAGGAUGCGAAAAACAAAAAGCAAACGUUUGAUAAUUCAUCUGCGUCUAAUGCAAAAGUGCCUAACCAUGAAUUCGAUUGCUAUAAUCAUCUUAGCUCAAUUAAUUUAAAAGUUUUUAAGGAAGUGAGGCAAUUAAUAGAUGAACGUGAGCGACAUCUUUUGGCCGAACUGAGCCGUAUUCAUGAUGAUGAUGCACAUCUUUUGAAAGAACGCCAACAUACAGCUAAUAAUCUUGUUCGUCGUAUUGAGCGAUUGAAUGCUAUGAGCGAUCGAGAACAGCAAGACUUACUUGAUGAAAUAAAGCGUUAUUUGCAAAGUAGUUGUUUUAUUGGUAAACAGUUCUCGGAGAGACAACGUUUCAAUUGUGAUAAGAAAGCGAUUUCCAAGAUUAUCAAGAAUUUUGGUGAAAUAGUUACUUUCAAAUCAUCAACAUCAAAUAUUCCGAACACUAUAUCAGAUUCGUUCCCUACCGCUAGCGCUACAUCGCCGAUAAUGGAAAAUGCAACUAGCCAUUCUUCACUUAAUAGUUCAUAUGGCGAGGAUUCUGGAAUCUAUCAAACGAGUCCAGCUUCUAAAGGAAAGGAAAUCUCUAAGGAUACGGAUAAUGGUAAAACUGUGGUUAAUGUUUCUACCGGUGUGCUGUCAAUGUCAUCAGAUGGUCUUUCUGCUGAACAGCUUGUUCAAAUGACAAAGGAUGUUCAAGAAUCUCUCAUGGCUCAGGUUUUGAUUUCUCUUGGCAUUGAUCCAUCGAUUUUAUCAAGUAUAACAGGGAAAACUGCAAUGCCAUUUCGUCGCAGACCACCUGGUGGACAACGUGGUGGUCGUCCAGCGGGUCGUGGGAAUAUUCCAGUAAAAGUGCCUGAACUGUCGAUACUUCAAUCGUAG